CUACUGUAUUGUAUGAGGAAUGUUAAAUUGGGAAUUAGGGCACCAAUAAUAAUAAGAAAUUCUCGUUUUUAUUAAGCAGGCAAUGUCGUCAUUAGCUAGUUGUUAUCUAAUAUAAAAAUAAAAAUACGGAGGUGGUUAUCUAAUUAAUUAUACGGAAGUGCUCCAAGUCCGUUUUAUUAUUGAGGUCUCAUAAUUUUGUUGUUAAAUAUUUUCAUGUAAUUUUUUUCUGAUUACAAGAAUGAUGGCAACCACAUACAACUUUCUAUUGCGUAGAAUUGGAACAUCAUUUUUGAGGUUGUAUUCUACAAGCACAACAAAAAUAACUACACAUUAUACUGUUCAUUCAAGAGAGUCUGAUGAAAGAUGGAAAGAAAUAUCAAUGGAACGAUAUGAAGAUGUUGCGGAUGUAGUAAUUGUUGGUGGUGGACCUUCUGGUAUGUGUGCUGCUAUUAGGUUGAAACAAUUAGCAAAUGAAAAUAACAAAGAAUUAAGAGUUUGUGUUGUUGAAAAAUCACCUGAAGUUGGUGGGCACAUUUUAUCAGGUGCAGUUGUUGAUCCAAUUUCUUUAAGAGAACUCUUUCCAAAAUUAGAGGAUUUAGAAGCUCCAUUAAAUACACCUGUCAAAGAGGACAAAUUUGGUUAUCUUACUGAAAAAAGACAUAUAUCUAUACCAAUUUUACCAGGUAUGCCUAUGGACAACCAUGGGAAUUAUGUUGUUAGACUUGGUCACUUAGUUAAAUGGUUAGGUGAACAAGCAGAAUCAUUAGGUGUUGAAGUUUAUGCAGGAUAUCCAGCUGCAGAAAUAUUAUAUCAUCCUGAUGGUUCUGUUAAAGGAGUAGCUACUGGCGAUGUUGGAAUAGCCAAAGAUGGUUCACCAAAAGAAAGUUUUGAGCGGGGUAUGGAACUACAUGCAAAAGUGACUAUUUUUGCUGAAGGCUGUCAUGGACAUCUUACCAAACAACUAUUUAAAAAAUUCAAUCUCCGUGAAAAUUGUUCCUCACAAUCUUAUGGAUUAGGAAUCAAAGAAAUAUGGGAAGUAAAACCAGAAAAUCAUUAUCCUGGAAAAGUACAACAUACUAUAGGAUGGCCAUUGGAUAAAAAUACGUAUGGAGGAUCGUUUAUUUAUCAUCUUAAUGAAUCAACACCUCUAGUAGCUGCUGGUUUUGUUGUGGGGCUCGAUUACUCUAAUCCGUAUUUAAGUCCUUUUAGAGAAUUUCAACGAUUCAAACAUCACCCGCACGUGAAACCAUUGUUUGAAGAUGGAAAAAGAAUAGCUUAUGGUGCUAGAGCUCUUAACGAAGGUGGGUUUCAAUCUAUUCCAAAAUUAUCAUUUCCUGGAGGUGCUUUAAUUGGUUGUACAGCAGGAUUCUUAAAUGUUCCCAAAAUUAAAGGAACGCAUUAUGCUAUGAAAUCAGGCAUGUUAGCUGCAGAAUCAACUUAUGAUACCUUAAUGAAUUCAAGUGGAUCUAGUACAACUAUCGGAUUAGAACCUAAAGAUUAUGAAGAAAGAGUUAAAAGUAGCUGGAUUUGGUCAGAUCUUAAAAGUGUUCGAAAUAUACGUCCAUCUUUUCAUUCAAAAUUGGGUAUAUUUGGUGGAAUGGCAUACUCUGGAUUUUCUUUAGCAAUUAAAGGAAAAGAACCAUGGACACUAAGCCAUGGAACACCAGAUCAUGCAAGAUUAAAUAAAAAGACUGAAGUUUCUAUUAUUGAAUACCCAAAACCAGAUGGAAAAAUAAGUUUUGAUCUGUUGUCAUCAGUUGCUUUAACAGGAACUAAUCAUGAGAGUGAUCAACCAGCUCAUUUAACAUUAUUAGAUGAUUCUGUACCAACUAGUACAAAUCUUGAACUGUAUGAUGGGCCAGAAGGAAGAUUUUGUCCUGCUGGUGUGUAUGAAUAUGUACCUGAUGAAAGUGGAAAUGGUGAGCGAUUACAAAUUAAUGCACAAAACUGUAUUCACUGUAAGACAUGUGAUAUCAAAGAUCCUACCCAAAAUAUCAAUUGGGUUGUUCCUGAACCAGGCGGUGGUCCAGCUUACAAUGGAAUGUAAAAAAUAUAUCAUUAUCAUAUGGUAUGACAUUUUCAUUAAAUUAGGAAAAUUUACGCUGAAACUUGUUUAUUCAACAUCGUCAACGUGGAAAAAUAAACAAAAAACGUUUUUAAAAACAAGCGCUGAGUGCCACUACACCUUUCUCUUUUCAAUCCAAGGGAUAUGCUGUCAUUUAUCAUGUUUAGCAAAUACGUUUAAACGAUUUUAGUCUGAUGUAUUUAAUUGUAAUUUAAGUUAUAUAUUUAUUUUUAACAUAUUUGUAUAAAUAAUGUGAUGGCUACUAAAUUAUAUUUUUAUUUGAUAUCUAUAUUUUAUUAAAAAAAAUUAUGUUUAAUAUUUCUGUUUAAUUUAAAUCAAAAUUUAUAUAAUCUAUGUAUUUUGAGUAUGGUUAGUAUCAUUGAUGAAAUUAAAUAAACAUAUUUGGAAUAUUA